AUGGGUUGUUGCCAAAGUGCCCAAAAUAGAAAUUCAGGAGGUUCAUUCUCGCAGAGGUUGCGGGAAUCUAUCGAACAUGAUAAUAUAAAAGCACUCCAAGAUUUAUUUAAAUCGGUGGAUCAAAAUAAUACUAAAAGUGCAGUUAACGUAGAUGAGCCCAUGAUCGCUGUUAAAAAAAUGCAGUUUAGUGCAUUGGCAUAUGCCCUAUACUUGGGCAAAGUAGAAGUUUUCAAGUAUUUAGCUCACCAUUUGGAUGCCUCUAUUCAAGAAGCUAUGCAAUUAUUAGCGAGACAAAGUAUAUCUCCUCUUGAUUUAAUCUGUGCAAAAGGCUAUACAGAUCUACUAGAAGACGUGAUUCCGAUAUAUUUAUCAGCUGAAAAAGGCUCAAUUCUUGCUCAAGAGGAAGUUUCAGUUGAUUUUAACACCGCUGAACAGUAUAAUGCAAAGGUUAAAAGCACCUAUACUGCAAUUCAUGUGGCAUGCAAUAACGGGCAUAUCAAUGUUAUCAGCUAUGUUCACAAUUAUUUUAAAACACAGCCAUACUGCCCAGUUCAGCUUGACAUUGAUUAUCAAGAUGAGCUCACAGGCGAAAACUGUGCUUUAAUUUCAGCAAGAAAUGGAAACUACGCAAUGAUGAAAUUUUUACAUGAACAGUGCAAAGCAAAUUUUUGUGCUCGAAACAAAAGAAACGAAAAUGCUGUACAAAUAGCAGCGGUAAACAGCAAAAAAAAAGCGAAUUUGCCUUAUUUGGAAUGCAUAGCAUACCUAAUUGACACAAUUGGGAUUGAUUUUGCAUUUGCCUAUGAAGAAAUUUUGCUUGUUGUUGAAAACAAGCAGAUUAUUCAAUAUUUUGAAUCCAAGCUAAAUUCCUAUGGAAUAAGUGACUCAAAAGCGGAAAUUGAAAAUAGAAAUAAAAUUUUAAAGUCAUCGACACCAAGAUCACAAAAAGAAAUUGAUUUGGAGCAGCUGUUGGAAACCCCUGAUUUUGAUAUGAGAAAGUAUAUUGAAGAAGAUGACGAUAAGAGGAGUAUAAUCAGCUCAAUAUGUCAGAUAGAAUCAAGGCCAAGCACACCUUUUAUCAGUUUUAUGGAAUUAAAAGAAAAGAGCGAUUCUCAAGUGAAUUUUAAAUAG